AUGGGAAAGAAACCAGAGAUGUCACAAGUUUAUCCCAAUGAAUUCGUUUUCAGCGAAAAAGGUGGGAAGGGCAAGAACAUCUCGACAUUUCUUAAGAAUCUUUCAUUGACACACAAAGAUUACAAAGAAGUCAAUUCCAAUAUUUAUGGAUCUUUGAGUUAUAAAUCAUCCCUUGAUAGAUCUGAUUCUCAAUCGUCACAAUCAAAUGGUGGAUCUGGAUCUCACAAUUCUCGUCCUAAAUCUCCUAAAAGAUCAAUAAGUGGUCCUAACUCAUUUCUUUCAGGAAUAGCACCCAUCACAUCUCAUAAAGAUGGUUCAGUAUCACCCAAAAAGCGAAUAGCUAGUUUAAAGUAUACCGAUUUAGACGAUGAUUGGGAUGCCGAUUUGAAUACUAACAAGCUCAACGAAGAAAAAGAUCAAUCAAAAGAGAAAUUUAAAGGUCAUGGUAAUACAAUGAAGAACUCAUCCAUUAUCGUUGAUUCAUUCUUUCCUGAUUUAUCAUUAUCACUUGAUUCACCCAAACAAAGUAUUGAAGAUGAAGAUUUCAAGGCCACUAUUGAACAGAAUAAGAUCAACCAGCUCAAUGUGAAGUUCGAUAAGUUCAAAGCCAUUCUUACUAAUGAUUCCACUAUCAAUAUUCAGGAACUUAGGAAGUUAUCUUGGAACGGGAUUCCAACUAACCUAAGACCAGUUUCAUGGCAGAUUUUAUUGGGUUACUUACCUACCAACAAAUCAAGACAAUUAUCCACACUUAAGACCAAAAGACAAGAGUUUAUUGACGGAAUCAAUGCCACAUCCAUAGAUUUCGAUGAGGAUGGUACAUCUAACUUUAAGGAUAAUUCUAAGGAAAAACAGUUAUAUCAUCAGAUCAAGAUUGACGUUAAGAGAACCAAUCCCACUAUAAAAUUGUUUGCUUCACCUCAAGUACAAAAAUCAUUGAGGAAGAUCUUAUACUUCUGGGCUAUAAGACAUCCUACUAGUGGGUAUGUUCAAGGGAUCAAUGAUCUUGUGACUCCUUUUUAUAAGAUAUUCUUAGGUCAUUACUUAUGGCAAUUACAAAAUAAAGACCAAACACAAUUAUUCAUACCUGGUUUAAUGGAUGAUGGUGAUAGUAUGGAACAGGAGUUACUCAACGCCAAUGACCUUAUCAAUCUUAAUAUUGAUAAUAUUGAUCCUUCCAGAUUGAGUGAAAGAGUUCAUCAAAUAAUAGAAGCCGAUAGUUACUGGUGUUUAUCGAAAUUACUCGAUACUAUCACUGAUAAUUAUAUCCAUGAACAACCAGGUAUUCUCAAACAAGUCCAAGACUUAAAGAAUCUCAUUUCCAAGAUCGAUAUCGACCUAAUCAACCAUUUCAAUAGUGAAUCCAUUGAGUUUAUCCAAUUCUCCUUCCGUUGGAUGAAUUGUCUUUUGAUGAGAGAAUUAAGCAUAGAUUUGAUCAUAAGGAUGUGGGAUACCUACUUAUCAGAAAACCCCUUAGGAUUCUCAUCAUUUCAUAUCUAUGUAUGUGCAGCUUUCCUUGUAAGAUUUUCACCCCAAUUGAAGACCAUGGAAUUUCAAGAUAUAUUGAUCUUUUUACAAAAUCCACCAACAGAAUUUUGGACUGAAAAAGACAUAGAAUUAAUGUUGAGUGAAGCAUUUAUUUGGCUGAGUUUAUAUAAGAAUGCAUCUGCCCAUUUAAGAUAG